AUCGAAAAAAAUAAAUAAAAUGUUAAACAGUUGAUAAAAAAUGACAUUUGGUAUACUAUGGUAUUAAAAAGACUUAUUAGGAUAAAUUUUACCAAACUUGCUGUGUGCCUUAUAGGAAUCAUACAUGCGGUACUUCUAUAUUUUGGUAUAGACACUACUGUGAAAGAAUCACUUUAUUAUGAAAAAAACGAUGACUUACAAUUCAGAGAAAACAUCGAAGGCCUUGUUUUAUACGGAGUACACAUAAUAAUGAUAGUUUGUCUAUUCUAUUCUAUCUGUAAGAACGCAGUUAUAUUUUUAUUGCCAUGGCUAUUUAUUACGUUUUUACCCUUCAUUUACAUGACAUUUAUGGCCAUAAGAGGAAUCAAGCACAUGAGAUGGUAUUUAGUUGAUGAUCUCAUAUUGAAUUUUAUUUUUGUUGGUAUAUGUUGGCUGUUUUGGUGUAUAAUCUUUCUUAUUUAUAGAAAUGGAGAUUUUAGAAAGGCAGAGAAAGUUGAGAGAAUAUACGAUAUUUUUGCUAAUGUUCGUUAUAAAAUAAUAAAAGACGAUCGUUGAUUUAGUUAUUUAUUACAAUAAAACUUACAAAACAAUGGUAUUUGUAUCACAGAUAUAAAUAAAUUUAAUCAAUUGACCAUUAAUACAUUAUAUCUUUCGAAAUUCGGCAAUUAUACUUCGUCCUUUGCAUCAGACAUAAACAAUGGGAGAUAUUUAAAACAAAGGUAGUU